AUGACCGACUACGACGUGGUGAUUGUGGGCGCCGGCAUCUCUGGCAUCAACGCCGCCUACAGGCUGCAGACUCAACUUCCGCACCUUCGCUAUACUAUUCUUGAGGCCCGCGAAAACCUCGGUGGUACUUGGGAUCUGUUCAAAUACCCAGGCAUUCGCUCCGACUCGGAUUUGUUUACAUUCGGCUUCGCCUGGCACCCGUGGGACCAAGAUAACCCGAUCGCAGAGGGCCCGGCCAUUGUCAACUAUCUGAAGCGCACGACGGCGCAGCAUGGCAUUGAUCAACACAUACAGUACGGCCAGCGCCUGCGCGGCGCCGACUGGUCUUCAGCGGACAACACCUGGUCGCUGUCUGUCGAAAACACCGCCGACGAGCGCAUGAAGGUCAUCGCCGCCCGGUUCAUCAUUUUUGGAACCGGUUACUACGAUUAUCAGACUCCGCUGCAAACAGAAAUUCCGGGCCUUGGCCACUUCACCGGGCAGGUCAUCCAUCCUCAAUUCUGGCCUGAAGAUCUGGAUUACUCCGACAAGCGCAUCGUCGUCAUUGGCAGUGGUGCCACUGCAGUCACUCUGCUCCCAAAUUUGGUUGAGAAAGCACAGCACGUCACCAUGCUCCAGCGGAGUCCUACGUACAUUCUGGCCUUGCCGAACCGCAACAAACCUUUCAUGGCCCGGAUUUUCCCAGCAUUCAUUGCUCGCCGUCUCAUCCGCAUCAGCUGGAUGCUCACCUCUCGCAUUUUCUUCCUCUUUUGCCAGGCUUUUCCGCUGAUCGCGCGCUCCAUUCUUCGCUUCAGAACUAAAUCAUUAUUGCCCAAGAACGUCCCUUGGGACCCACAUUUCAAGCCUCGCUAUAACCCCUGGGACCAGCGGCUUUGUAUUACGCCAGAUGGAGAUUUUUACCAGAGCUUGCACUCGGGUAAAGCAUCUGUGAAGACCGACACCAUUACGACAGUGACUCAAAAAGGCAUCCAGCUCGACUCGGGCGAGUUCCUGGAGGCUGACAUGAUUGUGCCAGCGACGGGUCUCCGUUUGAGAAUCGCUGGUGGCGCUUCUAUUAGCGUCGAUGGUGCCCCUGUGCAGCUCAACGAGAAGUUUAUUUGGCAUGGAAUGAUGCUUCAAGACAUGCCCAAUGCAGCCUUCAUCAUUGGAUACACGAAUGCCUCUUGGACACUCGGCGCCGACGCUACAGCCCAUACACUCUGCCGCAUUCUCAAGAACCUCGAGAAGCGCGGGUUCGAGGCUGUUGCGCCGCGCAUGUCGCCCGCACUCGAAUCUCGCAUUCAACCGCGACGACUGCUCAAUCUUUCGUCUACGUACGUCACGAAAGCAGAGAAAGACCUGCCGAGGGCGGCGGACCGUGGCCCUUGGGUGCCUCGAGACAACUACUUCAGCGAUCUGUUGUUUGCCAAGUACGGCAACAUAGAGGAGGACAUGGAGUUCCUGGGGAAGAAGAAGACCCUAUAA